CUCUGAUAUUCUUCCACCUUUUUUUACUUCAUCGCCUAAAUAGCUUUCGAGUUGGCUUUACAACAGUGAGUGCAUCGUAACCGAAGUCUGUGAAGCGGUAUGCAGACAUAUGGAGCAUAUAUAUUUACCAGAACCAACAGAGAAUAUAUGGAAAAAAUGUGCUGAAGAAUUUGAAAAUAGAUGGGGAUUUCCCAAUUGCAUUGGCAGCGUGGACGGUAAACAUGUAACAAUCAAGAGACCUAACAACAGUGGCUCCAAUUACUGGUGCUAUUUACGUAAAUAUUCAAUAGUACUUAUGGCCAAAAUUUAAUGAGUGUCCCUGCAGCUAGAUUUCUCCCUGGGCAAAAUGAAAUCUGCUCGUACGUCUUAAUUGGUGAUGAAGGAUUUGCUUUAAAACCAUACCUUAUGAGACCAUUUCCUUAUAAGCAGACUUUAACA